AAAUAGCCACUCCCAUGCCGGUCCCUCGAGCGCAGAGAGCAAGAAUGUUCGUUUAUAAAAGAGACGGCCGCAAGGAAAAAGUUCAAUUCGACAAAAUUACAGCACGCGUUUCGCGUCUGUGUUACGGGCUGGACCCAGAGCAUGUUGACGCGGCUGCUGUCACUCAACGCGUUAUAUCCGGUGUGUAUCCGGGUGUGACAACUAUUGAGUUGGACAAUUUGGCAGCUGAAACAGCUGCCACGAUGACUACAAAGCAUCCAGAUUACGCUAUUCUCGCUGCACGCAUCGCCGUGUCGAAUCUUCACAAACAGACAGACAAAGCUUUCUCGUCAGUCGUUCAAAAAUUACAUGAUUGGGUCAACCCCAAGACGGGCAAGCACGCCCCAAUGAUUAGUGACGAAGUUUAUGAGAUUGUUAUGAAACACAAAGACGAGCUGGAUAGUGCGAUCAUUUAUGAUCGUGACUUCACGUACAACUAUUUUGGUUUUAAGACGCUCGAGCGGUCAUAUCUUCUCCGGAUUGAUGGCAAGGUUGCAGAGCGGCCUCAGCAUUUGAUUAUGCGCGUGGCCGUUGGCAUCCAUCACGACGAUAUCGAGGCUGCUAUUGAGACCUACAAUUAUAUGUCACAACGUUACUUUACACAUGCAUCGCCCACUCUGUUUAACGCCGGGACGCCUCGUCCUCAACUCUCUUCCUGCUUUUUGGUCACCAUGAAAGAUGACUCAAUUGAAGGUAUUUACGAGACACUGAAGACAUGCGCGAUGAUUUCCAAGACUGCUGGCGGUAUUGGCAUCAAUAUUCACAACAUUCGUGCCACGGGCUCUUACAUUGCCGGUACCAACGGCACUUCAAAUGGUAUUGUCCCUAUGCUUCGUGUGUUCAACAACACCGCUCGCUAUGUUGACCAGGGUGGAAACAAGCGUCCUGGUGCAUUUGCAGCUUAUUUGGAGCCCUGGCACCCUGAUGUGCUCGACUUUGUCGAACUGCGCAAGACCCAUGGCAAGGAGGAGAUGCGUGCCCGUGAGCUUUUUUACGCUUUGUGGAUUCCUGAUCUUUUCAUGCGUCGUGUGGAGAAGAACGAGCAAUGGUCGUUCUUCUGUCCCAACGAAGCUCCUGGUCUUGCCGAUGUUUGGGGUGAGGAAUUUGAAGAACUCUAUGAACGUUACGAGCGCGAGGGCCGUGCUCGUCGCGUGCUUCCUGCCCAAAAGGUUUGGUAUGAGAUUAUUCGUGCUCAAUCUGAGACAGGUAAUCCUUUUAUGUUGUACAAGGACUCGUGCAACCGGAAGUCCAACCAAAAAAACCUUGGCACUAUUCGUUGCUCCAAUUUGUGUACAGAGAUUGUCGAGUACUCGUCACCAGAUGAGGUCGCCGUGUGUAACCUUGCGUCUAUCGCUUUGCCCAUGUUCAUUCAUGAUGGAAAGUAUGAUUUCCAACAGCUGCACAACGUGGCGAAGGUUGUCACUCGCAACCUUAACCGUGUGAUUGAUGUGAACUACUAUCCCGUUCCCGAGGCACGCCGUAGUAACCUUCGUCAUCGUCCCGUUGGCCUUGGUGUGCAAGGUUUAGCUGAUGCCUUCUUCAAGUUGCGCUAUCCUUAUGAGAGUCCAGAGGCUCGCAAACUCAACUUGCUCAUCUUCGAGACAAUUUAUCACGCUGCUCUUGAAGCCUCCUGUGAGCUUGCCGCCGAAGAGGGUCCUUAUGAGACAUAUGAAGGAUCGCCUGCCUCCCAGGGUAUUCUUCAAUACGACAUGUGGAAUGUGACACCCACUGAUCUUUGGGAUUGGGCAAGUUUGAAGGCUAAGAUUGCUAAGCAUGGCCUCCGCAAUUCGUUGCUUGUGGCCCCUAUGCCUACGGCUUCAACCUCGCAAAUUCUCGGAUUCAACGAAUGCUUUGAACCUUACACCAGCAACAUGUACCAGCGCCGUGUACUUUCUGGUGAAUUUCAGAUUGUGAACCCUUGGUUGCUUCGUGACCUUGUGGAUUUGGGCUUGUGGGAUGAAGAGAUGAAGAAUAAGCUUGUUCUUUAUGAUGGCUCUAUUCAGGCCAUUCCUGAAAUUCCUCAGGACCUCAAAAACUUAUACAAGACGGUUUGGGAAAUCAGUCAGCGUACAGUUAUUGACUACGCUGCUGAUCGUGGUGCCUUUAUCGAUCAAAGCCAGUCUCUCAACAUUCACAUUAAGGAUCCCAGCUUCGGUAAGAUUACAUCCAUGCAUUUCUAUGGUUGGAAGAAGGGUCUUAAGACUGGCAUGUAUUAUUUACGUACGAUGGCUGCAUCUGCUGCCAUUAAGUUUACUGUUGACCCUCUGUCAGUGAAACAAACAAACUCUGCUUCUGCUCCCUCUCCGGCACCGGCUUCUAUUAGACCUAAGAGCAGUGCGUCUGUUUCUGCCGUCAACAAAAACGAAAAGGAAAACGAGCAAAACAGCUCUGAUAAUCAAGAGAAAGUCGACAUCUAUAACUCUAAGGUCAUUGCCUGCAGCAUAAAAAACCCAGAGGCCUGUGAGAUGUGCAGCGCUUGAGUGGUCGACUGCGUCCAGCAAAAAGACCUAUGUACAGCAAUACCCGUCAGACAGCUCGGUGUAGGGUCCUGGCGAAAAUAAACUCUAACAAGUAUAGGAAUGAGGCAGGUUUAUCCGAGCUUGUUAAGUUCUUUCUGUCGUAUUAAUAAUGAUUUAGAUUGGUUAUGUUAUAGAUGUUUUGUUCAA